GUGUGCUGUCUGUUCCUGUUCAUCGCAAUGGGCAUCUUCACCUUCUCUGCCCUGAUGCACUCUGUGGAGGUGGACCAGCCUGGGACCCCCUUCAGCAGCAUACCUGAUGCCUGGUGGUGGGCUGCGGUGAGCAUCUCGACGGUUGGUUACGGAGAUGUCAUCCCUGUCUCCUAUCUUGGCCGCUGCGUGGCWUUCGGCUGCAUCUCAUUUGGGAUCAUCCUCAACGGGAUGCCCAUCUCCAUUCUUUUCAACAAGUUUUCUGACUACUACGCCAAACUGAAGGAACAGGAAUACACCUUUUCAAACACUGAGCGCACAUUCCAGCUUCGCAAGCGUCUGAGGCGCAAGUUUGACAGGUGUUUCGAACCGCCACCAGAAGAAUCGGAUGAUGAGAUUCACUUUCGACCCAGUGGAAGAUAUUCUGAAUACGACUAUAACACUGAAGAAUGAGAGGUGCUGCCUGACCAUGAAUAGCCUUAUUAAAGUUUAGGACCCUAACUGCGUCCUACACUGAGCCGAUGUGAGCUGAGCCAUGCAGUCUGGAAGAAGUUAUGCUUUAGGACUCAGCUUUAGUUAGUUUUCUUUGAAUUCUGUUACUGACAAAUCCUCUUUCUGACAAGUGGACAGAARUAUUUCAGUGGAUGGCUUGUUAUCUGCCUCCAUAGAUAGCUCCCACCUGCAGCUCAUGUUGACUAAAUUAAAACACAGUGYAGCAUGUAACUACUGUUUCUGCACUGUGCCACGCUUUGUUUUACCUGUUGGAGGGCAUCUCACCAGUUUAACUGAUUACAACUCAUACACACUAAAGUGUGAGCUCGUAAGAUUGACAGUGAACUUUUGUGUGUGUGUGUGUGUGUGUGGUGAACUGGGGUUGUUGGGGUUAGAAAAAUAUUUCAGUCAAAAGAUUUUUUUCACCUUAACCCAAAAAAAGAAAGAAAAGAAAGAAAAAAACUGUUGAGAAAUGCUGACAAACCAUGGAUGAUGAAAGGGUUAGGAAAUGCUUGUAAAAAUAAUUACUUGUAUUCAUCUUAAAAUUAAGAAUAAAAGAAGCAGAAGACAGAUACAAGAAGUAUACAAACAAGUUUGUGUGGAUUAAGAAGAAAGCACAGGAAGGAAUAUUAUAGUGACUUACUAAAUACAGUUACAGCUCGGACCACUGCCACCUUCAGCAGUUCUCAGAUGAUACAACCAUCAUUGGAUGAGUAUCAGACGGGAAGGAUGAGGAAAACAGGGGGGUCUUCAGUGACUUUGGCUGGAGUGAGACAAACGCUCUCUAAAUCAAUACCUGUUUAACACAUCAUGAUGUCAUCAGUUAGACUGUAUAACACAUCAUGAUGUCAUCAGUUAGACUGUAU